AUGGUUGGAGGAAGUAUACCACCAUUAGGUCAACAAGACAUGUUGGAUAAUGCUGGUAGAUUGAUUGAUAAACAUAUUCAAGAAGAUCAGAAUUAUGUUGAUUUGUCAGAGCUUCUAAGAGUUCAAACUCACAACCAACCAACUGUGAGUGGACUGCAUGAUUUUGAAUAUCCAAGUUUGACGGAUGUUGGAAUGAGUGUUGAUGCUUUAAGAGAAUUAGCUCCAGUUAAAACUGUUCCCCUACCUCCAGAAUUAGUAGAGCAGUUUGGACGCAUGCAGUGUAGUUCCAUGAUGGGACUGUUACCAGAGAUUGAAAGAGCAUGGCUAGCCAUCGACUCUAAUAUAUUUGUGUGGAAAUAUGAAGAUGGAACUGACCUAGCCUAUUUUGAUGGUUUAAAUGAGAAUAUUUUAAGCGUUGCUCUAGUGAAACCUAAAAAAGAUAUAUUUCAGCCACAUAUAAGAUAUUUACUAUGUAUAGCAACACCAGUAGAUAUUGUAUUAUUGGGGGUCAGUUUCUCUAAACCAUUUAACAGUGUAAACAAUGGAGAUGUAUUGGGUGAAAUGCAUUUAUUACCAGACCCUCUAUUCUCUAUACCUACUGAUAAUACAUUUAUAACUUAUAUUACUGGUACUGAUGAUGGGCGAAUAUUCAUGGCAGGAAAAGAUGGAUGUUUAUAUGAACUUGCUUAUCAGGCUCAAGAUGGUUGGUUUAGUAGAAAAUGUCGUAAAAUAAAUCAUUCUACAAGUAAUUUAUCUUUCCUUGUACCUUCAUUUCUCAACUUUUCAUUUAGUGAGGAUGAUCCUUUGGUACAAAUUAGUAUAGACAACAGUAGAAAUAUCUUAUUUGCUAGAACAGAGAAAGGCAAUCUUCAGGUGUUUGAUUUAGGUGAAGAUGGUAAAGGAAUGGGAAGAGUUGCUUCCCUUUCACAUCAAAAUAUUACUCAGAGUGCUUUCCUCAUAGCCAGAACUAUUGAUAAAUCAAACUAUAAAACUAUAGUUAGUAUAUCAGCUUUAACUAAAUCAGAAUCAUCUAAUAUACAUCUAGUAGCUGUUACUAUGUCAGGUGUACGUCUGUAUUUUACAACUAAUCCGUUUGGUGGAGGUAAAUCGAGGCCUACUAUGUUAACAUUAGUACAUGUUAGAUUACCUCCUGGGUUCUCAGCCAAUUCUACUAUCUCUAGACCAGCUAAUAUAGCUAAAUCAUCCUACUCUAAAGGUGUAUUGAUGAUGGUAGCAGGACAGAAUGAGAUUAAUGAUAUAUUAUGGUGUGUUAGUAAUGAUACAUUCCCUAUACAAUCACAACUAAUGGAAUCAUAUACUGCUCUAACAAUAGAUGGACCAACCUGGGCUAUGUCUGAAGUACCAAUAAAGUCUAUAAAUACCAGAAUAUCAACCUCUAGUAUGUUUGAUAAAUCUGAUCCACCUAUAGUUGUCAAUCAACAUAUUGAAUCUUGUCGAAAAUUUGUAUUACUCACAUCACAGGGGAGUCGUAUAUUUAAUAAACUACGUCCAGUAGAACAGCUACAACAAUUAUUGAUAGAAAGUCAAGGUCCAGAUUCAGAGGAAGUUAAAGGUUUCUUUAGAUUACAUAGGGUUGAACAAGCCUGUGCUACAUGUUUAAUAUUAGCCUGUAGUCGAACUGCUGCUGAUCCUAAGGUGUCUGAUUGGGCGAGAAUGGCUUUCUUUACGUAUGGUGGUGAGCCUCAAUAUCAUUAUCCACCUACACAUGGUUUACAACCUUCAAAUAUCGGAGCAACAUAUUCCAGUAGUGUACUGGCCACUCCAAGUUCCAGUGUAGUUUAUAGCCCUUACUCUCCAUAUAAUACUAAUGCCAGUUUAUCACAGACUUUACAAACACCACAUCCAGGAAUGCAUCCAGCUCACAUGUCGACACCAGCUCCAGGUUUUAACCAGUCGUAUUUUCAACCAUCAAUGAUGGGGAAUAUAAGUACAGGAGGUGGUCCACUACAAGAUAUACUAUAUUCUGGUAAACAUAAUGGUAUCUGUAUAUAUCUAGGUAGAAUAUUACGACCAUUUUGGGAUGUAGCAGCCACAAUAGAAUUCCCCUGUCAAACAGAACAGGGUUUAGUUUAUUAUUUGAGCAGUAGUUUUAAUACAGAUGAAAUCAACCAGACUUUAGAACUAGUCAGAGAUUUAUCUGAUUUUGUAGAAUUUAAUGCACAAGUUGAUUUUGGUGGAGCUGCUGAAAGUAUGACAUCAGGUUUUCCUGGAAGAAUAAUGGGAGUAAGAUAUUCAGAUGGUAUGAUGGAUGAUCAAACCAGGAAGAAAUUAGCGAAUGAAGCCCAGAAACUUGAGAAGAUAUCAUUACAGAAUGUUAGAAUGUUAUUACAUCAGGUAGAAGAAGUUCUGGGUUUGUGGAAAGUUCUAGUUGAUCAUCAGUUCCAUGUAUUAGCUGCAGCUCUUACUAAGGACCAACAGAAUCAGUUACGUUCCAUGACAUUUAAAAACCUGGUAAUUAAUGGGAGAGAGUUAUGUGCAGCAUUAAUAACUUGUUUAAUAACGAGAUUUCUACAAGAUAAUGCUAAGAUAGAUAAUAUCAGUUCUAUAUUACGUAAUGUUUGUCCUAAUUUAUAUAGUACAGAUGAUGCUACCUGUUCUAUGGCUAAUGAAUUACUCCAUGCUUCGAAAGCCAAUCAGAAUCAAGGAGAAAAACAAAGACAGUUAUACGAAGCUUUGAGGUUAUUUAAAGAUGUGAAUCAGCCUCUACAGUUAACUACUGUAUGUAAUCAGCUAGCUAGUGUUAAUUUCUACCAGGGUAUAGUGGACCUGUGUUUAACUGAGGCUAAUAAACUUGACCCUCAAAACCUAGCUCUACACUUCUAUAGAUGUUGUGAACCCCCAGAAGAUCAGCAGGGCAUGCAGGCCUUUAUAAACAGAAUGGAAUGUUAUAAAUGUAUAACAGAAACAUUAGGAUAUUUAUGGUCAGCCAGUACUAGUCAUCCACAGGCUCCCAGUGUACCUAAAUCACCAGGUCCACCAGAAGCACCUGAUCUUACCAGAAUCUCUCCAGUUCAGGCUGAACAAUAUAGAAAUGAAGUGUUCCUACUGGCGUUAAAAUCAGAUGAUGAGUUAUUCCAUGUAGCCCUGUAUGAUUGGUUAUUUAUGGCAAAUCAUUCAGAGAAAUUAUUAGAGAGUCAGUUUAUGGAAUCAUAUUUAAAAAGAAAGUCUGGUAUCCAAGGUGAUAAUGUAGCAGCAUUAGAUAUGUUAUGGAAAUAUUAUGAAAAGAUACACAACUUUCCAGCAGCUGCUAAAAUAUUAUCUAGAUUAGCUGAUAGACCUGGUAUGGAUGUACCACUACAACAGAGAAUAGAAUAUUUAUCUCGAGCUAUUAUGUGUGCUAAAAGUUCAACAUCUAGAAUGAGCUCGGCUGCUGAGGGAGAGUUCCUGCAUGAAUUGGAAGAGAAAAUGGAGGUGGCUAGAUUACAGUUACAAGUACAUCGAGCAUUAAAUAAAAUACCCCAUAAAUCACCUGUUAUGAAAGAGGCUCUAAAUAGAUUAGAUUCGGCUCUGAUAGAUAUUACCAGAUUAUAUGAAGAUUAUGCUGAUAAUUUUGAUCUAUCUGAAUGUAAAUUAGCUAUUGUACAUUGUGCUGGCUUAUAUGAUGCUGCAUUGAUAGAAAAUUUAUGGCAGAAUAUUAUCGAUAAAGAAUUUGACAGUUUUAGUAAUUUAGACAAUACAAGCCGAGUGACUAAUAUUAGUAACAGAUUAGUUGUUAUAGCUCAACUCUAUUCUGAUACGGAACGCUACUUUCCACUGGGUUUUAUUCUGAAGUAUUUAGAAAGGAGAAGUAGUGAAUUAAAUAUGGAUCCUCACUGGAUUUAUAAAGUUAUGUUACAGAUAAACAUUUCACCUGAAAAACUGUUAGAACUAUAUGAUAGAAUGUUUAAAUCUAGGGAUCCAUUUUGGCAGACGAUACAUCGACCAUUACAUUUAUUACGAGUUCUACAUGGUUUUAUGACUAAUUUUACUACUAAUCCUACUACUCUACCUAAUAUGGAGAGACGCAGGUUUAUAACAAUGUGUUUAGAUUGUGUAUCAAGUUAUCUAGUAGAACUACAAGCUAAGAGUAGUACUGAUCCCAGUGUACGAAACCUAGAACAGCAAUUUAAACAAUUACAAUUUAAACUGGAACGACUAGCAUAA